UUGGAGAAAUUUAAUAUGGCAACGCCGCCGUCGCCCGUCCACGCGCAGUGUCGACUUCCUCUCGGCCGCGCUAGGGACCCACGCCGCCGCCGCCGCCACGUCCGCCUUUUCCCCGCUCCGCUGCUCGCCUCCCCAGCCUCCGUCCGUGCUCCCCUAAAAGCAGGAGGCGGCCGCCGAGAAGGAGAAGGCGCCGCGAAGAGUGAGAGCGGGGGGCUAGACCUAGUGCAAUCGAGCCUUCAUCGGCGCCACCGCGGGCCAUCGCGUGGUUAGCCGCCGGAGUCGGGGGUGGGGGGGAUGCCGCGGGAGCCGGCCGCCAUGCGCGUCUACACGGUCUGCGACGAGUCCAAGUACCUCAUCGUGCGGAACGUCCCGUCUCUCGGCUGCGGCGAUGACCUCGCCAAUCUCUUCGCCACCUACGGCCCAGUAGACGAGUGCACGCCCAUGGAUGCCGAGGACUGUGACCCCUACACCGACGUUUUCUUCAUCAAGUUCUCGCAGGUCAGCAAUGCCAGGUUUGCAAAGAGGAAAUUGGAUGAGUCUGUAUUUCUUGGCAACCGGCUGCAGGUGUCAUACGCCCCUCAGUUUGAGAGUCUUCUGGACACUAAGGAGAAACUGGAAGUCAGGAGAAAGGAAGUUCUUGGCCGAAUGAAAUCAUCUUCUGGAAGACCUGAAGGGUUAUCUCAUCAUUCUCCAGGUCAGGGAUCAUCUGCUGCAAACUCACACCGUCAGAUGAGCUCUAAUAAAAGGGAAUACACAAAAACACUUCAUGCUUCUCAAUUUGAAGAUCCUCGUUUCACUCAUGUAUCCUCUAAUAAGGAUUAUUUUCCAUCUGAGUCGAUGAAUGCAACAGUAAACCUAGUCAGGGAGAAGCUUGAUAAGAUACAAUCCAGCAGCGACAAUUCCAGUGCUAUAGUUGCACCCAAGAAACCAAGGACCGAUAACCGUAGACGAAUUUGAUAUCAUGGGAUGGAGUAGAACAUGCAUUUUUUUUUCUUCAUCUACUUUCUUGUAGUUUGUUUUAUAAUUGGCAGAAAAUAGUGUACUAUAAUGCUAAAUGCUGUCUAUAUUCUCCCUCAGUUGUAAAAGUAUCCCCUUUUAGGUUUUCUGCGGAAGUAACGUUAGUAUCAUGUUUUGACGUGGAUUAAUGUCAUGUUUGAUGAGCACAUUUCUCUUCGUGAAAAGUCCACCUUUCUUUUGAACAAUUUAUAUUUGAAACAUCAUGUUCUGUUGGUA